AUGACUACGGAUUCUGCGCUAUCUACCGCCGAUCCCGAUAGAAUUUACGUCGUCGUCGAUCGAGUCGUGUAUUCAAUCCAUAUCUCGUCGCAAAAGAGAGAAACGGUUGCUCAUAUCACAUUUGAACCGAAGUGUUUGGCGGCCGGGUAUGGCUGGAUUGGGAUCGGGGGGUCCGACAAUGGUGAGUGCGCCUUUGUGAGGCUCCCCGACCGUAGCGGCGUGCGGACCUCGGGCAGUAGCUCGGAUGCGCAGGGAGCGGACGUGGACAGCGCUUUGCCAAUUGAUCUAGAGACCUCGACGAGGUCUUUAUCUCAGGCAUCGGUCGAGACGGGGGACACAACUUUGGGUUCUGGUAGAAAUCAACUGCCAGAGGUACAGCUACAUAAGUUUGGGGGUAGCAUUGUUAAUUCAGUGACAAUUCACCGUUUACCUGGCGAUGACAAGGUGCUGGCGGAUGAAAUUGUCGCAAUUCUUAGCAACAAUGAUAAAUCCGUGACCAUCUACUCGCUCACACAGUCGAAAACAUUGAAAGUUCUUCACCACUCGGCAUGUAUGAACUUUGCGAUCAUCUCACCGGACUCAAGCAUACUCGCUGCUGUUGGUGAUGAAACCCACGCCUAUUUUUAUGACGUUACCCGCAACCCCAAUUCUGUUGUCCUGACCGAAACUGGUGAGAAGCUCUGCGAGUGGAAAUGGGACCUUCUGCGCAGUAUUGAAAUGGAUAUCGGUUCAAGGGUCGAUGACAAAUGUUGCUUCACCAUCGCAUUCUCGCAAUUCAGUCGUUUAUGCGCUGUUGGAUCGCAAUCAGGGGUCAUCACAGUAUUCGAUGUCAGAACAAUCCGGGAUCUCGUUCGAGAGCCACACGGAAAGGCUUCGAUAAUCUGCUAUUUCAAUUCCUCUCGGUCUUGUUGCAAUGGUGGUGCUGUGCGCUGCAUGGCUUUUGCACCCGAGCCUUGGGACCUCCUUGUAUGGCUUGAGGACAAAGGACGAGCUGGUGUUGCCGAUGUCCGUCGGGCCUUCGUUCGCAGGCAAAUUCUUCAAUUGGACAUGACCGAAUCUGGAAUGGAAGAAGUUGCUACAGAAGCAUUGAUCGAUGAGUCUACUGUCUUAGGAUUCGACCUCGAUGGCCAAAUCUCAUCUGAAUUGCGGCAUGACCUGGAUGCACGGACUAUUCUUGACUCUGUCGAGGGUUCUUCAGGUGACCGGACUGGAGAAGGAUCUGAAACCUCCCCAUUACGUGAGAGUUUAAUACAGGAUCUGACGGAAAGGGAGAGGUUAAUAGUGGAGUUUUUGAACACAGCUCGGUGGACGUCGAGACUAGAAGACGGUUUGACAGACCGACGCAACAGAACUAAUGUUAAUUCACGUUCACACCCCAUUCCUCGCCCAAGACUUCAGGGUUCCACAGACGGAUCUAAUCGAGCUUCUCGUCCUACGUCACCACCACCUGUCAUACUGUCGCAGAGCAAUCAUGAGGCGAGAAAUCGAACUCCAGAUGCCGGCAAUUCGACUCCUGAUCCGCAACCCAGUAUUACACUUAGUUGGACCACUUCGCCGGCGGAGUUGCAAUCCGCCACCUUAGAUAAUCCUUCUCACGCCGCAGACUCAAGUUCAAGUGACCAAAGUAGUUCUAGUAACGAAAGUGGCACCACAAGUCGACCUCGUGGGACUGUGUCACGUCCUUCGGCAAGUUUCUAUUAUUCGAACGCCGCUUCGGAUUUGCUACCACGACCAAGAAAUCACCAGCGAUCCCGUUCUUCUCAUAGACGAACUGAGAGGCAAGAUGGUGGCUUAGAUACGUCUCAUGAUCAGCCUCGUUUGAAUUCAGAGCUGAGAGCUAAUAUCUUGGCUGUCGAACGCCUGCGGCGACAACGACAGAUCAUAAAUGAUGCACACAACCGAAAUAACCAGCGGGAACAACGAUAUCGCCAGCAAUCACUGGGCUUUGAUCAUACACGCUCCCCUCGAUGGAUCCGAACUGCGCUUAAUGAGUUACCGGACCGCAGCUUUGGAGUCGGACAUCGGGACCAAGACCCAAGUAGCACAGCUGGACUUGGCUGGGGUGCGGAUGGGAGGACAUUAUACGUUGCAACCGUGGAUGGUAUCUUUGAAUAUCAACUUGACAUUCGAGACCGAAAGACAUUUCCGGGGGUCAAUUAUCGAUAA